CUGACAAGCACAGAACGGCACAGCAACGGACACGAUGAACGAUGGCGCGCUGGAAGAUACGACGUCGAAGCUUGCGGAGCUGCUCAAGAAUCCCGACGACCUGGACAAGUUGCCAUCACUGCGCAGCGAGUUUACGCGCAAGAAAGCAGCCAUUGACGGCCAGCUCAAGCAUGGUCUGAAGGAACAACUCGAGAUCACGCAAAAUGGCAUGGCCAGUAUCAACGACGGCCACAAGAUUGUCGCCUUGAUCAAAGACGAGAUGAUGAAGAUAGACAAGCUUUGUGCGGAAGCCCAAGGCAUGAUCGAGGACUUCCCAGAGAUCAAUAGGAUGAGCAUAAUGCAGCGCAACUUUGCGGCUGUGGAGAGUAUUAAGGCCAAUAUCAAUACUUUUGGAGAUCAAUUGACCGACCUGGAAGCUUUGCUGAAGGAGGACGAUGAAGAUCUCGAGGCUCAGCCCAACUUGUUAGCUGUGCAUUCUGGCUUGAGCUCGUUGCGGGAUGUGAGGGAGCAGGCGAUGGAGCAAGUAAAGGGAAGUGCGGACGCAGAAACAGGCCAGGAGCUGAUUGAGAAUCUCCAUCUCGAGUCUGGUGUCACACUGCGAGACUACUUUACCAAACUGGAAGAUGUGAUCGAAUGGUUUGAUGAGCAUGUGGGUCAGGCUUGUAUGAACCUGAUUCAGCUCGUCCAGACUGGCAACAAUGGACUGGUCGUGCGUCUUGGACUUGUGAUCGAAGAAGAGGAGAAGAAAGAUCGGCAAACCAAGGCCCUGCAAGACGCUCAGCGAGAAUUCAAGGAUGUUGCGCAGCGAUUCAAGAGCAUUAAUGUUGGUCAACGAGAGCUGCGCGGCUACAAGAAGAAAUUUCUAGAGGCGAUCGCAUACAACGCCCAGCUACAAUUCGCACAAGUCAAAGAGUCAUUUGAUGGUGAUCCGGAGAAGCUCGAGAAGUCAGUUAGGUGGUACUUCAACGAUCUCAACACCGUCAAGCUUGGUAUGCAGGACCUAUUGCCAAAGAAGUGGAAAAUCUUCAAGACCUACGUCGAUAUAUAUCACAAACAGAUGCACGACUUCCUGGUUGAGCAACUGGAUGACAAGGAUAUUACUCCGGUACAUAUGCUUGCCAUCCUCAACUGGGUGGAGAAAUAUCACGGCAAGAUGUCCAAGCUUGGCGUGAAACAAGCACAGCUUAAGCCGCAUGUCCUUGAUGAGCGCGAGAGUGAGAUAGUCCGCGACUACCGCAAUCUUAUCACGAGAGCGGUCGAAGAAUGGAUGGAUCGGAUGGCAGCUACCGAUAGAAAACAGUUCCUCUCCAGGGCAGAAGGCAGUCUCGAUCAGGAUUCCAACAAUCAACUCCACACAAAGACACUCGGAGAUAUGUGGAGAAUGUUGGGCGAACAGCUUUCGGUUGCCGAGGGCUCCCAUCGUCCUGACGUGGUAGAAGGCGUUGUAGAUGCAAUGAUGCGCGCUCUCAAAGGCAGACAACAAAUGUGGGAAAGGCUCAUCGACGACGAAUAUCGCAAACUCGAGAACACGGCAGAUCCGGCCACACUAGAAGGUAUCAGCAGCAUGCAAGAAUGGUUCGUCGCCAUCGCCAACGACCAAAUCGCCAUCAUCGACGACGACGCAGACAACGGCACAAUCUCCUUCCUCUCCCGCUUCCGACAAGACUACGAACAACUCGUCACACCAGCUUACAUCGUAACCUCAAACGCCGAAAUCGAAACCCUCACCAACGGCUACGUCGAUCUCGCAACACAUUGCAUGUCCCUCUUCGCAGCAGUCAUCUUCGCCACAGACAUCAAACCCGUCCUCGUCGAAUUCUUCACAAAUUCCUGGUACUCGAAAAAAACCAUGGCAUCCAUCACCACCACUUUCGAAGACUACCUCAAAGACUUCACCGACAUCCUCCACCCAGCCCUCCAAAACAUCUUCAUCGAAGAACUCUCCGACGCCUUACUAGUGCGCUACCUCGAAUGCGUAAAAAACAAAGGCGUCAAAUUCCGCCGCCAAGACCCUUUCACCGACAAAAUCAAAGACGACGUCCUGACCGUCUUUAAUUUUUUCGGACAGUUCGGUGAUGCGUUUGAUCUCAUCAAGGAUAAAUGGAGGGCUGUGAACGCUUUUGGGAAUUUGUUGGCUGCGGAUAAAGGGCCGGGUGUGGUGGAAGCUUUUGUGAGUAUGAAGCAGCAGUAUUGGGAUGUGCAAAUUGGUUGGGUUGAGUCGGUUUUGAGGGCUCGGGAUGAUUUUGAUCGGAGUAUGUUGAGUAGUGUUAAGAGUGCGGCUGCCGGGUUGAAUGUUGAGAGGGGGUUGGAGACGGUUAUGAGUAAGGUUAAGUGAAAGGGAUGGAUGAGAAGUGUGAUGUGAUGAUUGUUUGGGAGCGAGGUGUUCUGGGACGAAAGAGUGAUACCCUUGAUUUGACAUGUAAAAUAUUCAAUGCUGGAGGUAAUGCCAUAAGUGGCGAGAAGAAGGGAGGCGGAGAAGAUUGGUCUUUGUAGAAAGUAGGCCUUUAUGAGAGGUCAAUCGUCUCCAAUGGCAUUACUACUGCUAUACAUUCUCAAAAGAAUCGUUCGUUCAGAAGAGCGUGCUCGCUC